AUGAAUGCCUUUCUCAAAGAUUCUGAAGGGAAACAAAACGAUCAUUACAUGGUGGAGGCGCUAAUCAACCAAAUCAGAGACACUGUUUAUGAGGCUGAGGAUGUCAUAAACACAUACACGGCUCACCUUAUAAAGCAACAGAGGAGGAAGCUGCUGAAAUGUCGGAGAAAUGUUGAGGAAGAAGAUGUAGUGGGCUUUGGCGAUGACACAACAAAAUUGGUCAAUCAGCUCACUGAUGAAGGGAGAUUGCAACGCGAGGUAAUUUCAAUUAUUGGGAUGGGUGGGUUGGGAAAAACCACACUUACUAGAAAAAUUUAUAACAACGCUUAUAUCAAGAAUCACUUUCAUUGUUGUGCACGGGUUAAUGUAUAUCAAGAAUACACAACCAGAGUAUUGCUUCUUGGUAUAUUAAAGCGUUUGGUUCAAAUAUCAGACGCAAUAUAUAAAAUGUCUGAUGAAGAACUUAAAGUCCCAUUACGUGACAAUUUGAAAGGAAAGAGGUAUUUUAUUGUGAUGGAUGAUGUGUGGGAACCUCGAUUUUGGGAUGAGAUAAAAGCAUGUUUUCCCAACGACUUAAACGGAAGCAGGAUAUUAAUCACCAGUCGGGAAAAAGAAGUUGCUUCGCAUGCUAGCUCAACUCCACCUUAUUUCUUACCAUUUCUUGAUAAGGAUAUGAGUUGGGAACUCUUGUGCAAGAAGGUGUUCCGAGGAGAAAAAUGUCCCUCAAAUCUGGAAAGUCUUGGGAGGACACUUGCAGAAAGUUGUAAAGGUCUACCACUUUCUAUUGUUGUAUUAGGUGGUAUUCUAGCAAACAAGGAGAAAUCAUACCGAAUAUGGUACGAUUUCAUUGGCAAGGUCAAUUGGUUCCUCAUGGAGGAUAAAAAGCGUUGUUCAGAUAUUCUUGCUCUGAGCUACAACCACUUGCCACGUAAAUUGAGACUAUGCUUCCUAUAUGUCGGUGUCUUCCGCAAAGAUUAUGUGAUCCCUACUGCAACAUUAACUCAACUGUGGGUGGCAGAGGGACUCAUAUCCAUUCAAAAUGACAGGAGAAAUAUAAAUGAUUUUGAUAUUGCAGAAUACUAUUUGGAGGAGCUCAUUGAUCAAAGUUUGAUCCAGGUAGCAAGCAGGAGAAGCGAUGGAGGUGUGAAGACAUGUCGUAUCCAUGAUUUCCUGAGAGAUAUGUGCAUAAAAAUGAGCAUUCAAGAGACAUUUUACGAGCUUCAUGUGAAUAUUGCUGGUCUACGUUCAUCAAAUAGCAACCCUCGAAGACUUUCCAUGCAAGGUCAAGAGUCUUUACAUUAUCUGCAAAUCUUGAAAUUGGAAGAUGUCAAGUUGGGACAAGUUUUGGAUUAUUUGUACCCAUCAAAACUUACCAACAUAACAUUUGUGUCAUGCAAAUCCUUGGAUUCUAAUGACAUGAAAGUUCUUGGAAAACUUGCCAACUUAAGGAUCCUAAAGAUUAGAGUAUGUGAUAUGGAAUGGUCUCGGCUAUAUAUCAUGGCGGGUGGAUUUUCACAGUUGGAAGUAUUUAAAAUGAUUGAUUUAAACAUUGAAACGUGGGAGCUAGAGGAACAUGCAGUGUGGAACCUUCAGCAUUUGACCAUUGAAGGAUGGGAGAAUUUGAGAAAUCUUCCAGAUGAACUCUGGAGCUUGGCUAACCUCAGAAUGGUAGAGGUAUUGGAGAUACAAACAGAUUUGAAAGAGAAGCUGAUGAAAGAAUUAGAGGUGAAUGAUGGAUGCAAACUCAUAAUAAAUUGA